AUGCUGAGCGCACAGGGAGCAAUUACCAAUGAGCUCGUCAUGAUUGAGUGCACCAGCUCUCAGGAACAAACUGCAAAGGAGAUAUUUCUUCUUAGCGAAUUGGAGCGUGUGUGGACGGCGCUUUCUACCGUCCUGCGUGGCCAUCUCAUUGAGGGUCACAAUGUGCGUAUUGCCAAUUUUGGUUCUUUUUGGUUUGAAACACGCCCGGUGGUGUCAGACGGAGUUGAACGCUACUACGCGCGCCGGGUUCACUUUGGCAUGGACAGCAAUUUUGCCCUUCGUUACAAUUUAGACUCUAAUAAGGUUCCACAAGAACCGCCCAGACUGGUGUACGUGAAGAUAAGCAUGGCAGAUGUCGUCAGCAUUGCAGAGGUUCCCGCACGUACGGCAUCCAUGGCGCUUCGUGAGUUCUUCUCAUACGUGGGAGAAGGCCUUUUCAGGCAUAAGGUGUUUAAAAUAACGUUUUUAGAUGUCGCCUCUCUAUUGAUUAAGCGUGAGAAAUCGGUAUUAGAAAUCGAUCCAUCUUUUCGGCGUGAUAUUUUCGCCAUUGACUCCCGCAAAUGGCCGCCAAGGGUGCGUGAGGCGGCAGAGUCGGUGGUGAUGGACAUCGGUCGUCCUGCAACGGCAUCAUCGGUAUUAUCCCGCCCCUCCACAGCACAACUCAGUCGGCAGAUUGCUGCAUCAAGACCUAUAGAGCCGCGCCCCGCCUUUGUCACAUCCGCACCACGCGAUCGACUCUUCUCGGAGAUAGAAAAGGAGCCACCACGUAAGUUGCCUCCACGUAGUUCCUUUCCCGUCGAAGAUUCAUCACGAAGCACCGAUAACGAUGCUGCGGCAUGUGUCAAGGAGUCUAUUUUUGACGCCUUGAGCUCAGAUGAGUAUCCACCAGAGGAACCAGAGAUUGAAGUGAUUGAGGAAUUGCCAAGAGAACUCCCACCACUGCGUGCUUAUGAGGAAGAAGCAGCAAGACCCGUUGUGAACACUGGAAGGCGUUCGUUUCACGACCACAGUUCCGUUCGUGAGUUACUUUAUGGGAAGGCAAUAGCCCAGGUGGAACCAUCGAUGCGGGGAAGGAGACGCUACAUCAACCGUGACUCGGACGCUGUUGCGGCGCUAAUGAAAAGUUCAUAG